AACCCUGAGAACAGAGUUUCGCACUGUCACCGCGCAAAGUCUCUCUCUGUCAUUGGAUAUUGGAUGUCGAUGUCGCAUGUCGGAUUGUGAAUCCACAUUUUUUAUUGUCGAUCAAAGUGACCUUCGGGAACCUCUCACGGAUCUCACGGAUCACGAUCACGCUACCACCCGGUGUCUCCAUCUUGUUUGUUUCUCUAAACGCGUAGAAGAAUAGGACGAAAUUUUACACCAUUCCGAGAAUUACGUUACUUGGCGAGAAUUUCUUCACGGUGUAUACUUGGUAUAUACCGCACUACCUCAAUACGGCGAGAAAGUAGAUAUGUCUCACGGCGGUAGAAAUGAGUGUAGAAUAUACGUGGGAAAUUUGCCACCCGAUAUUCGUACAAAGGACAUACAAGAUCUCUUCUACAAGUUUGGUAAAGUUACUUUCGUUGACUUGAAAAAUCGUCGAGGACCACCGUUCGCUUUCGUUGAAUUUGACGAUCCAAGAGAUGCGGAGGAUGCGGUACACGCGAGAGAUGGUUACGACUAUGAUGGUUAUAGAUUAAGAGUCGAGUUUCCACGCGGUGGCGGUCCCAGCAAUAAUUUUCGCGGUGGACGCGGUGCUGGGGACAGCGGUAGAGGUGGCCGCGGUGAGAUGAGCAAUUCCCGCGGUCGGGGUCCUCCAGCGCGACGAUCACAAUACAGAGUGUUAGUAAGCGGUCUUCCACCGACUGGAAGCUGGCAGGAUCUCAAGGAUCACAUGCGUGAGGCCGGUGACGUAUGCUUUGCGGACGUUUACAAAGACGGCACUGGUGUUGUUGAAUUUCUGCGGCAUGAUGACAUGAAGUAUGCUGUGAAGAAGUUAGAUGAUUCGCGAUUUAGAUCCCACGAGGGCGAAGUGGCUUACAUUCGUGUGAGGGAAGAUCAUAACGGUGGCGAUAGAGGACGCAGCGAAGAUAGAGAAAGAGGUCGCAGUCGUUCUCGUAGCUACAGCCCACGGCGUCGUGGCUCUCCUACUUACUCGCCGUUGCGGCGUAAUUACUCGCGAUCAAGAUCUCGCUCCAGAUCUCGCUCAUACGACUAGUGUAUGAUAUACCAUACCAGAACGUGAGGAGGAUUGGAUAGCACGUAAAUCGCCGCUGCCGCAACAUCAUCCGGAUUCAAAGUCGGCAUCGCCGCCAUUGCUUCCGAUGAGAAUAUGCUAUAAGAGGUCAUGAAAUCGGUCGCGACUAAACCGGGACUGAUGUUCUGUAAUAAAGAAAAAAAAUAUUUGUCAGGCACCUAUGAGUGAAGAUUCCUUUGUGAUACCAGCGCUAUUCACGAGAACACUUAGCGGGCCGAGAUCAUCCUUCACCCGUGCAAAAGCCGCGAUUAUGCUGUCCUCCUUAGUGACAUCGCAUUCUACAGGAUAAAGCUUUCCCGGGGAAUCUUCCAAAUUGUCAGCGAUUUCCUUGAUUCUCUUCACUCUCCUCGCGAAGCCCGCCACUAUCAUACCUGAUACGAUAAAACGAUAAAAGCUUUUCCUUACCUUGUUUAACAAGACUUCGAGCAAUCGCUGCGCCGAUUCCGGCACUUGCUCCGGUAACCACAGCCACCUUUCCGAUCCAUCGCUCCAUCCUCGCACAAUGAGAUUUGAGACGCGACUACAGACCACAAGCCUCGAGUAAUAAGAUCGCGCUUAUGUGCCAGACAUCAAUAAAAAAAAUACAAAUAUCCGAUCAGGUAUGAAAUUCAAUCCUCACAACUGACAUUGUGGCUUCGAUCAAAUACGAUUACGUCUGAUUGUUAGAUUAAGUCUCAACUUUUCCGAUGAAAUAAAAAAUCGGUGAUACUAAAAA